AUGGCUUCUGAUGAGGACUACAUGGCCUUCUUGGACAAGGCCAACAAAGAUCCAAGCGAGGGUUAUGCCAAGUCCGCCAGCAAGCAGGACUUCAAGGCCACGGACGCCGGAGUCCAGGUGCCCGCCGUGCUGAAGAGCGCCGUCAAGGAUGCCUUCUACACCAGUGACGCGGACGAGCCGUUUGUUCCCGUGUGCCUGAACUGGGACGAGGGCGGCAAGGGUUUGCCGGACGAGGAGGAGUUCGCCUCUCUGAUCUCCCACCCUUCCCCAUCGAGCGCCCAGGUCGAGAUCCAAGAUCCCGCCGACUGGGACGCGCAGGGCCAGUACAGCGACCUCAUCGACGCGGUGCGCAAGGCGGGCAAGGGCAACGACGUGCGAGUCUACAGGAUAACAAGAGACGGGACGAGGGUCGAGUACUGGGUCGUCACUACCGAGGGCAAGGGCAAGGGGGCAAAGCUCGUCGGUGUCAAGGCCCUGGCUGUGGAGAGCUAA